GUAGGAACUUUGCAAAACUAUAAAAUUAAACCAAAAAAUGGUUACCAAAGUUGCUGUAGUGACCGGAGCCAAUAAAGGAAUAGGUUUUGCGAUUGUCCGAGGCCUAUGUAAGAGAUUCGAUGGCGUCGUUUACCUAACAUCGCGCGACGAAACUCGAGGUGAAAACGCUGUGAUACAACUUGGCAAAGAGGGUUUACACCCAAAAUAUCACCAGUUAGAUAUUACUAGCGUGAAAAGCGUUGAGAAGUUUCGCGAUUAUAUAAAGAAAGAGUACGGCGGCAUUGAUAUUUUGGUAAACAACGCGGCUAUUGCGUUUAAAAGCAACGCGAAAGAGCCGGUACCGGUGCAAGCCGAACAGACUUUGUUCGUGAAUUAUUUCAGUCUGCUGUCUACUUGCGAGAUUUUGUUCCCUAUACUGCGCGAUGGGGCUAGAGUGGUCAAUAUAUCAAGCUCAGCCGGCCAUUUGACUAAUAUACCAAGCGUGGCUUUGAGGAAUAGAUUCAAAGACCCUAAUUUGACGAUUGAGCAAUUGGUAGAGUUGAUGCAGGAGUAUAUAGAGGCGGCUAGGAAGGGGACCCAGCUGGCUGAAUGGGGGAACUCGUCAUAUGUGGUGUCUAAGGUUGGAGUGACGGCGCUGACCAAGAUUCAGCAACGAAUGUACAAUGAUAGAGAUAUAAAGGUGAACGCCGUGCACCCGGGCUACGUGGACACAGACAUGUCGUCCCACAAGGGCCCGCUGACCAUAGACGAAGGCGCGUCAGCCCCGCUGUUCCUAGCCCUGGAGGCCGGGGACUCCGUGCGGGGACAGUAUGUGUGGUAUAACAGCAAGAUUGUCUCCUGGGACGGGGAGAAGCCGGAAGGUUAA